UGGUAUGCACAAAGGAGAAACCAGUGAAGCGAGUGCAUCCGUGUUUGCCGUGAAGAAUAAGAUGGAGAUCAAAGAACUUGUGUGCAGCCACUGUGGGAAAACAGGGCAUGAGGUCGAGGCAUGCUACAAGCUGAUUGGGUACCCGAAGGUUGGGUAUUCCGCAAUCAGGCCGGAAAAGGAAGAGUUGACAAGAGAUAUGAACUGUGAAACAUUAGAUGAAGAUGGAUCAAGUAGCUCCACUCCAGUUGAUCACUAUAAUGAUGAAGUGCCGGCGGAGGAGCAGCUGGACCGUCCACAGAGGAACGGUCAACCGGAAGAAGGCAACAAAGCAGCUGAGCUACAGGCGGUCGAUCUGGUGGACCGUUCUGAUGUCCACGGUCGACCGUCAUCGAGGCAGAAAGAUGGAACCCUGGGAGAUCAACCAACGGUCGACUCGGUGGACCGUUCUGAGAGACAUGGUGGACCGUUCGAGGGGCAGAGAGACAGACUCCAGGGAGAUGAAGAAACGGUCGACCGUGAUGAGAACAACGGUCGACCGUCCCCAAGGCAGAAAGGAAGCAGUGAGGAACCAUCACAGACAGUUGACCCCCGGACCGUUCCACGGAUGGCGGUCGACCGUCCUCAUCCCAGCAAGCAACAGAGACCUUGGGGCGUGGCCAACGGGAAAGGAGGCCAAAUGUGAGGCUUGCGGACUAUGUUACACAUGUGGCCGGUCCACUUACUGAGGGAAAGUGCAAAUAUCCGCUCUCCUCCUAUGUUACUUAUGAGAAGUU